AUGUUUGCUGAUCAGUAUCCAUGCCCAGGUGGCACAUACAACAAUUUUACUGGCCAAGUAAGUGAUGCAAGUUGUGAGCUCUGCCCACCUGGUUUAUUCUGUGAAAGUAGUGGUCUAUCAUACCCAUCAGGGCUCUGUGAUGAAGGUUAUUACUGUAAAGGUGGUUCUGAUAUGUAUCGGCCAUUUGACAUUGGUUUUGCUGCACCACUUCCAACUCCUACUAGUUAUGUGUAUCCAAACGAUACCUGUCAUCCGUUAUAUGACUGUGUGUGUCCAGACUUCUCUCUCAGCGUUGGAGGACUGUGCCCAUCUGGCUACUAUUGCCCCACUGGAUCAGACGAACCAGAACCAUGCAUUCCCGGCAUGUACUGCCAGACAGCAGGAUUAGCAUUCCCAACUGGAUAUUGUUAUGCCGGUUAUUACUGUAACCACACAAGCGAUACUCCGGAUCAGCAUGACUGCCCUCCUGGUCACUACUGCCCUGUUGGUACCGAUAUUCCAUUCCCAUGUCCUUCUGGUACCUAUACUGGAUCAUAUCUAAACAUCGAUGUCAUAGAUUGUGUAAACUGUACAGCAGGCAAAUAUUGUGAAGCUAUUGCAAGUCCAUAUGAUUUACUCUGUCCUCCUGGACACUACUGCCCGAUUGGUUCCUGGGAACCCUUACUAUGUCCAAAUGGUACAUUCCAACCCCAGAGUGGACAAAGUGAAUGUGGAGAAUGUCCAGCUGGAUUUUUCUGUGAUCCAACCAAUGGUACUGCAGCUGUUCCUUGUCCACAAGGAUACUACUGCCCCCCAGGAACGGCUAUAGGUGAAGCCAAACCAUGUCCAGCUGGUUCCUAUGGAGAUGGUACGUAUCUAUGGAAUGUUGACAACUGUACUGACUGUACAGCCGGCUUCUAUUGUGAAACCCCGGCAUUAACUACACCAACUGAUGAAUGCUUUGCUGGUUAUUACUGCACUGGUGGAGCUGCAUCACCAACACCAGCAGGUCAUCUUGUCGAUUACACCGACAAUUCCACAUUUACUGGUAACGAUAUUUGCCCACGUGGGUACUACUGCAUGAACGGAACUGCAUAUCCAGAACCAUGCCCGAUUGGUACGUUUUCAAUAAAUACUAAAGUAACCCAGGCUGAAGACUGCGAAGAAUGUAGACCUGGUCACUACUGUAAUCUACAAGGUUUUGUACGGGUGGAUGAUGCACCAUUAUGUGAUGCUGGCUACCUCUUGGAGGCACAUGCCAGGGAGCUGGAAGAAUUAGAAGACAGACUUGACAGUGAGCGUGCUCGUCAGCAGCUAGCUCUGCGUGAUAAAUUACUAGAACGCAAGAAACGAAUGUUAGCAGAUCAGAAACGCAAACAGGAAGUCGAAAUGGCACAGGAGCUGCUGGCUCAGAAGAAAGAAUUGGCCGACGUCAGAAGUAAACUGGUGAAAGACGCUGAACAUAAAGCAAUAACUGAGGGAAUACAAGAACAGGGAACUGAAAAUACCGAGACUGUUGUCAAAGCUGUUCUUGAUAAAAGACAUGCCCAAGAGAUGUCUGACCUUGAUGCACAGUUUGCUGCAGAGCGACAGGUUGCAGUGGAAGCAAAACUAGCCAAACUACAUGAUAAAUACGACGCAGAACGUGACAAGAUGCUACACCGCCAUGAUGAAGAGAUGAAUAAACUACUGCAGCAAAACUUAACACCAGAACAGAUGCAGCAGAAGAAAGCAGAGCUGUUGAAUAAACAGCAAAUAGAGCUGGCAGAGUUGGAGAAGAGAUUGGCGGAGGAAAGAAGACAUCAAGAACAAGAAGCUUUACAAGACUGGGAACUAAGAUAUGCAAGAGCAAAAUUGGAUUUGAAAGAAAAACACUAUCAGGAAUAUGCAGAAGCUUUGAGGAAGUUCCUUUCUGACAAGAGUAACGUAAGUGCUGAAGAAGCCAUGAAAGCAGCACAACAACUUGAAGACGUCAAACGUAGAUUGGAAAGGGAGAGAAAAGAAAAUGAAGAUAGACUAAAGAGAGAAUCAGAAGAGUUUGAAAGAAGAGAAAAACGUAAAUUUGAUGAGAGCAUCUCUGCUUAUGAGAAACAGUUGGAUGCUGAGUCCAGGAAAGAGAAGGAAAGAACAGAGAGGUCUGUUGCUGCACUCAACAAACGUAAAGAAGAAUUACUGCAAGAAAAACAACAGAAGAUGAAGGAGCAAUUAGAGAAUUUGAAAGGACAGGGUGCCACUCAAGAGGAACAAGACAGAAUAAUGGAGGAACAUCAGAAAGAUAUUGCUAAGUUGACGAACAAAAUGGAUGCCGAUAGACUGCGUAUGCAGAGUGGUCUGCAGGAGCGUUUACGCAAGAAGCGAGAAGAGAAAAUAAAAUCUCAGCAAUCCAAGUCUAAAGAAGAGAUGUCUGAAAACAUGAAAGAACACAAAGAGAAAAGACACAUGGAAGAAAGCAGAAUAAAAACAAAUGAGAUCCUGACUUUACGGGAGAUGGUAGACCUUGAUCAUUUUGGUCAUCAGGUCAGUGAGAUGCCGCAAAGUGCACCAUACAGAGAACCAGCUGUAGAUACCUCAGCUUUGACUGAGCAAUCAGGAGAAAUGCCGUCAAGUUACACGAUGGCGGCACCCCUCAGUGAUGCUGAGAUCACAGCAUUGUUGAUGGCGUCACCAUUAUACAAGAAAUUGGAAGAAAUCAAAGAGUUGAUGAGUAAGGGUGUGAAGCCACCAAAAGCUGUUUCUGAUGGUGAUCAUUUCUUGGACAACCGUGAUGCACAAUGGGGAAAUGAUGGUAAACUGGUACCUGUAGAUCUCAAUAAAUUAAGUGGUCGUAAUCUGGUUGUGUAUAAAUUUGGUUGUUUUGUAAUUGAGCUACUUGCUGUACACUGUCAGCAUAAGCCAGUCACUCUUCUACUAGCAGAAAAGAUCCCAGCAAACGAGGAGAUAUCAGCCAAUGCUUACAGAAAUUCCUACCACUAUGAUCACAGUAAUCGUAUACUAUAUAUGAGACUUGCCAGGUUGGAUUUCGUUGGUGAAUUCUUACUGGUUCUAGCUCACAGUCUAGCUCAUAUUCAUACCGGUGAUAUGAGAGAUGAUACACAACCAGAAUUUAGUCGAGAGUUCCACAAAUCUCUCUCUGUGUUAUGCCAUGAUUUAUUCUUUGCUCGUUAUCGUCGUUCGUCUUCCUUGUUAAGUUUGAAGAGUGCUAGCAAGGCAGAACAAUCAAAAGAAGAACAGGACUCGCGUAUGAUGCUGGAAAUGCUUUUCGGAGAUUCUCAUCUUGAUGCUGAUCAACGUAAUAUGGUGGAUGAAUUGAUGGAUGUCAAGUUGCUACGGGAUACCAACAAUGAGGGCGUGCAUUUUGAUAAAGAUAAUAUGGAUGAAAGAUUAACAAAAUACAGCAAGUUCACUGUAAAUAGCCAACUAAGAGGCUUCCUUGGCCGCAGUGAGGACAAGAUAGGAUUAGCACGUCAGCACGGAAUGUCUGACAAAGUGGAUGAACGUUUGAAGGAGUUAACAGGUACUGCUCCAGCAACAAGAGUAUUACCAAAACAUUCCACAAAGAGUCCAUUAUUAGCUAAAUUACCUGCUGAGUUGAGUGGUACAGCACUGUGGCAGAAAGCUACACAGGAUGCUCUAGCUAAGGAGUCUAAAACAGGAAAAUCAACUGGAAGUACAGAGACUGAGACUGAAGAGUUACAGGAUACAGUGGAUCAGCUGACAGCGGAUUUCUCUAAUCAUAGUAGUAAACUAAUAGAGACAAAGGAUAAAGUGAACAAUCUACAACAACAACUACACAGUCAGUCAGAAUCAAUGAAUUCAGGGACAUUAUCACCGGAUGCCAGAACUAAGCAGGCUUCACUAGUAAAAGAAACUACAAAACGUCUGUUAGAAGCCCAGGAAGAUGUUGUUGCUUUGACUAUGAAGAAAGACAAAACUCUUGAUCGUCUGAAACAGGCAGAAAACGAUCUGGAAAAGAAACAAGACCAACUGAAAAACAAGAAAUAAGAAAAUUCCAAUAUCAAUUGAAUCACUUUAUGCAAAAACUGUUGUGUAUGUAAUAUCUUAGCAAUGGUAUCUUUAUAUUGCUGUAGUAGUUAAUUUUUUUUUUAUAAGAAUGGU